UCUCUCUCUCUCUCUCUCUCUCUCUAAAACGGUUUCUUGUUAUCACCAGCAUCGCUCCAACACUGCUGAUCCGAAUAUUCAUCUCUCUCCACAGCUCUUUCUUUAUUUGUUUUAUUAUUAACCCUACUUAUUUGUUACCAGAUAGCAUCUCUAUUCCAUCGAUGAAGUGCAUUGUCCUUGGACUAAGCUGAACUCCUUGUUUGUUGAAGUUGCCCAGGAGGUUUUACAGAUCAUUGGUGGCAAUUCUAGAUGAUGCCAGAUAAUUGCAGCUUGUAGAGGCUGCAUUGAAGCAUGUUGCUAACUGUUUGGCUACUGAUUAACCUCUUCAGCAAUGAGCAGUGGGUGUUUAGUGACAUCUUCUAUGUUUUGUUGUAUUUUAGCACUGAAGAACUUCUAGAAGGAAAUGAAAAACACUGUGUUGCCAGUGUAGAAACUUCUGUUUGGAGGUUAGAAGUCCAUUGAACGAGUUUUGACAUAACCGCAAUUCUAAGAAUGGAAAAAUAUAGAGUUUUGGAGGAGCUUGGAGAUGGUACUUGUGGCAGUGUAUAUAGAGCAAUCAAUAUGGAAACAUCUGAAAUUGUCGCUGUGAAGAAAAUGAAGAGAAAAUUUUAUUCCUGGGAAGAGUGCAUGAAUCUACGAGAAGUUAAGUCCCUCCGUAAGUUGAAUCAUCCUAACAUCAUAAAGUUAAAGGAGAUUGUCAGGGAAAAUGAUGAGCUUUUCUUCAUAUUUGACUACAUGGAAUAUAAUCUGUACCAAAUAAUGAGCAGAAAACAGAAGCCCUUUUCAGAAGAGGAGAUUAGAGCUUUUAUGUCUCAGGUUCUGCAAGGACUCUCUCACAUGCACAGGAAUGGAUAUUUUCACCGAGACUUAAAACCUGAGAAUCUGCUGGUGACGAAGGAUGUCAUUAAAAUUGCUGACUUUGGGCUGGCUAGAGAAGUGUCAUCAAUACCACCGUUUACCGAUUAUGUUUCCACUCGGUGGUAUCGAGCUCCAGAAGUCUUGUUGCAGUACUCAAAAUACACUCCUGCUAUUGACAUGUGGGCUGUUGGCGCAGUACUGGCUGAGCUUUUCACUAUGUGCCCCAUUUUUCCUGGUGAAAGUGAAAUAGAUCAGUUGUACAAGAUAUGUUGUGUUCUUGGUGCACCGGAUUGGACAACCUUUCCUGAAGCAAAUGCUCUACUUAUUGGUAUUAGUUAUUCAGAGAUUAUGCCUACCAAUCUCUCAGACAUCAUUCCAAAUGCAAGCUUGGAAGCUAUAGAUCUGAUAAAGCAACUUUGUUCCUGGGACGCACUAAGGAGGCCAACUGCAGACCAAUGUUUGCUACAUCCAUUUUUCCAGGUUGGUAUGCGGAUUCCUCGUCCAGUAUGGGAUCCUCUUCCGCUGAAGCUAAAUAGCAUUGGACCUACACCAAAUCUCGAGUUGAAACUAUGGGACUUUGGCACUCAACCAGAUGAUUGUUUUCUUGGUUUGACCCUGGCAGUGAAACCCAGUGUGGCCAAAUUGGAUGAUUUCAUCCCUGCAGACAUUUCCAAUACGGUAUCUAAUGGUGCAGGAGAGGAUAUAAUGUUUUGCUCUGGUUUCCGGGAUCAUCCACAACAGUCAGUAUUUUGGUCACUGCUUUCUCCUGAUCAUAAUGGAAUUGCCCCACCAGUAGAAUCAUCCUUGUCAUUAUCAUUCAGUCCACUCCCACAUUCAUCAAUUGAAGUUCCUCAAUCAGCUGGAUUCACCAUUUCAUCUAUGCAGCCUAAUAUCUUAGACAAUCCAUUUUUGGCCAUGUCCUCCCCAUUCCAACAGGGUCAUUUUUAUUAAGUUGAUUAACAGUGAUCGAAUAAGGAGGGAUUGUACAAAUUUUACUCGUAUUUAGUUCCUAUCAAGAUGCCUACUAGGAUUGCACAAGAAUUCUUUUCGUUGAAGUAGCUGUGGAUAUAGAUGAAUGUAUCUGAUUAUUUAUUGAGGGUUUUUUCCCCCUUUUUUUUAAUCUUGUGCCCCAUUUGAGGGGAGGGGUUGUCGAGUCAAAUAUGUUGGCUGUGAUGUAAUUCCCUCGAAAUGCAUCAUAGAAUUUUGUGAGAAGAUGCUUCUUAGAAUUUAUUCUUUU